AUGUACUGUGGCGAAGAAGGUGGAAUUUUUAGUAGAAUUUUGCAAGAAUAUCUUGCUAACUUCUUUUUUGGAUUUUCUUGGAAGCUAACUUUGUUAUUCCUCUCAAUUUUACUUCUCUUAAUGAGUCUAUAUUUAAUUUUAGACAGUGAUGUAGAUCAAGACGACUUUUCUUCUGCUGAAGAUGAUUCAGUUGACUUGCCUAUUGAAAAAAAAUCAAAAAAACUUCUUAAAAAAGCGGCGGAAGAUAAGGCUUUAGCUGAUGAAGAAGAAGUUCGCUUAAAUGUUGUGGACAGUGCUGCUUUUCGGUUACCAUCUGGUGAAGAGAUUAAGAGUGAACUGAGGACACCUGCAGAUCUCGAUCUAGUUAAGCAAAGAAUUACAGAUGUGAUGCAAGUUCUGGGCGAUUUUAGAAAACGACGAGAGGAAAAUAAAUGUCGAGAUGACUACAUGACUGUUUUCUUGAAGGACCUUUGCAGUUACUACGGCUAUAAUGAAUAUCUUAUGGGGAAAUUUAUAAAUUUAUUCAAUCCCACUCAGUGGUUACUGGAGUUUUUGGAUGCUAGCGAUGAGCCUAGACCAGUGACAAUACGCACCAAUGCUUUAAAAACGAGACGUGGAGAUUUAGCUAAAGCUCUUAUUAAUAGAGGCAUGAACGUAGACCCUGCUGCAGAAUGGACAAAAGUCGGUUUAAUUGUGUAUGAUUCUCAAGUCCCAAUAGGUGCGACUCCGGAAUAUCUUGCUGGACACUAUAUUAUCCAAGGGCUUAGUUCUUUUUUGCCUGUUAUGGCUUUAGCUCCACAGCCGAAUGAACGGGUGUUGGAUAUGUGUGCUGCUCCUGGUGGGAAAACUUCUCAUAUUGCAGCUCUGAUGAGAAAUACUGGUGUAAUAUUUGCAAACGAUUCCAAUAUAGUUCGAUGCCGUGCUAUUAUUGGCAACCUACAUCGUCUUGGGGUAGUUAACGCUGUGGUAAGCAACCUUGAUGGAAGAGAGUUCCCAAAAAUUGCUUAUCAGAGUUUUGACAGGGUUCUUUUGGAUGCCCCUUGCUCAGGUACAGGAGUUAUUUGGAAAGAUGAAACAGUGAAAAGAAACCGUGAUAGUCAAGAUGUGCAGCGUAGACACACUUUACAAAGGCAAUUGAUUCUUGCGGCAUUAGACUCGAUUAAUGCAAGUUCGAAAACUGGUGGCUACCUUGUUUAUUCAACGUGUUCAGUGCUGGUGGAGGAGAAUGAAGCAGUUGUAGAUUAUGCUCUUCGUAAGCGUGAUUGUAAACUGGUUCCUACUGGCCUGGACGUUGGUUUACAGGGAUAUACAAGGUUUCGUGAGUAUCGUUUUCCUAAAUCGUUGCGCUUGACUCGGCGUUUUUAUCCACAUAUCCAUAAUGUAGACGGUUUUUUUGUGGCUAAGAUUAAGAAGCUAUCGAAUGCGAAAAGUGAAAAGGUAAAGAACUAUUCUUGGCUCUCUGAGAGUACCACAGAAAUAGUAAAAGAGGAAGCUUCUGGAAAACUGCAAAAGUCAGGAGAGGCUUCAAAUGAACCAGAAAAGUCAAAAGGUUCUGCUUCUACAGUUUUAAUCCACCACGGUAUAUUAGGCCUAAAAUAA